GCUAUGAUUGGUCGUCCAGGCAGGGUUAGAUAUUUUCAAAUUUCUGGUCUUCUUAGAUGAUGAAUUGACUGAACAAUCAGAAACUGGCCGGAAGAAGAAGAAGCGUAAGACUACACCUAGAAAUGUUAUCCCAGACCAUCUUCUUCCAAAAGUGGCAAUUGUUGGAAGGCCAAAUGUUGGUAAAUCUGCAAUGUUUAAUAGACUUGUUGGGGGGAACAGGGCUAUUGUUGUGGAUGAACCUGGUGUUACUAGGGAUCGGUUAUAUGGUAGAUCCUUUUGGGGGGACAAUGAAUUUAUGGUUGUGGAUACAGGAGAGGUUCUUUCUGUCUCGAAAACACAAAAUGAUGUUAUGGAGGAAUUGGCUAUCUCGACAACCAUAGGCAUGGAUGGAAUUCCCCUUGCUUCCAGAGAAGCAGCUGUUGCAAGGAUGCCGUCAAUGAUUGAGAGGCAAGCCACAGCAGCUGUAGAAGAAGCAUCAUCAUCAAAUUCAGUUUCUGAUAUUUUGAUAUUUCUACUAGCAACUAGGUCAUAACAUUGUUACUUAUCAAUUCAACCAUCUUGAUGUCUUUUACAGGGAGUUAUCACUAAACAAAUGACUGCAAUAGAAGAAAUGGUUGCAAGUGAGUACAAUUAGCCAGACCCUCAUCUUUGUGACAAGAUCUUGAAGUUGGUCAUUUGUGAAGCGUUCUACUUUGCUAUUAGUUGCAGUUUUAGUUAUUGCUCUCUCAAUAUAUUCUUUUUCUUUCUUUCUUUCUUUUUUUCCAAAGGAUGAUCAGUGUAAUAAUUAAGCCUCAUAAUUUCUGUGUUUGGAUCCAAGUUGUAUAUAAAUGUCACAUUAUUAAGAUUUCAUUUUGUAUAUGUACAAGUAAAAGAUUUCAUUUUUAA